UAUGUUUGACAGCAAUAAUAAUAAAAAAAACUUUUUGUUUUGUUAUUUGUUUUCUAUUGAACACAUGUUUUGACAAACAAUUGAUUUAAUGAUAAUUGAUUAACCAUUUGAUUGAUAUAACCAAUUGAUGGACAUGUCAUCGAUGGAAAUGUCGAAUGAAAAUCAAUUUAACGCCAAUAAAGACAAUGACAACGAUGAAGACAAUACCGACUUGGUCUAUUCGAUGGACACGUUUGAAGAAGACUCUCGCGAAUGUAUGAAAUUGAUUGGAGAGUUGUCAUCGCUUUCUGGCCACUUGUCCGGCGAUAGUAAAGUCAAUGUCGAGUCGCGUGUCGAGCAUUUGAACGAACGGUUUAUAUAUCUGAUCGACAAAUGGCAGACAAAUCCGAAACUCAUUGAAUCACAUGUCAAACAAUUCUUGGAUUCAAUCAUUGCUGUCACGACUGAUACCCAAUUCAAUGGACCCGUAUUUCACACAUGUUUUCGUUUUGUUCAGCGACUCGUCGCCUGUAUCGGUCCGAAAACUAUUGGCCGUUACUUUCCUACUGAAGUUGUUUGGCUACCGAAACUGAUCGAUUGGUGCGAACGACAGUCGCCAGAAGACACUAAUUCGUGGCCUACACGGGCAGCCAUACUGUUGUGGCUGUCGAUGGCCGUGAAAACACCAUUUCAUUUGAGAAAAUUUGACAGUAAUUCAUCCGAUGAUAAUCCAAAUCAAUUAACUGUUAGCGACAGAGUCUAUGCAUUGAUCGAUAAUUAUCUCGAAAAGACUGACAAAUCUCGCGAUUCGGCUGCCAUUUUGGCGGCAAAUUUCUUGUCGCGACCCGAUAUUGUUGAUCAAUACAUGAGUCGUUUUGUGACCGAUUGUUUGCCACAUAUUUCCACAAACUUUGGUUAUCUAAUGUCUGUUGCAGUUCUCUUCAAAAUAGCCGACCGAAAGAAUAUUAGACAAUUUGCUGAACGAGUCAUCGAAAUCGGUGUCAAAUUGGACACAAGUGGCGAUCUAUUGAUGGCCAAAUGGAAAGUCAAAUUGAUUGGUCGCUCCACUUUGUCAUUGUUGACACCCCGUAUAGCCAAAUGGCGGUACAAACGUGGCUAUCGGGUGUUGACCGAUAACAUUACGAUUCAAAUUGGAGAUGAAAAGCAACCGAAAGUUAAGGUUGACGAGAAGGGCGAUACCAUUGAUGACAAUGAAGAUGACUCCGAUUUCAGUGAUAUUCCUGAACAGAUAGAAGUGAUAAUAGACUCGUUGUUGAACUCAUUGCACGACAAGAACACUAUUGUUCGCUAUUCUGCCGCCAAAUAUUUGGCGAGACUUACGAACCGUUUGCCCAAAGAGUUAGCAACUGAAGUGGUGUCACAUGUGCUGCAACUGUGCGAAUGGAAAGAGUCGGACAACUCAUGGCACGGCUGUUGUAUGGCUUUGGCUGAAUUGUCCCGACGAGGUCUUAUACUACCGGAUCAAUUGUCAGAUAUUGUUGAUGUCGUUCAAAGAGCACUACUUUUUGAUGAAGUCAAAGGUUCAUUUAGCAUUGGAUCCAAUGUUAGAGACGCCGCGUGUUAUGUUUGUUGGUCACUAUCUCGCGCCUAUGACUCUCAAGUGAUUCAACAAUAUGUUAAAAAAUUAGGGCCAACAUUGGUUUGUGUCGUGUGUUUUGAUCGAGAAAUUAACUGCCGAAGAGCGGCUUCGGCGACAAUUCAAGAGCUGGUCGGACGAACCCAAGUGUUUCCGCACGGAUUAGAAGUUCUGGUGUUAACAGACUUUCAUUCUCUAUCCAUAAGAAGUCACUGUUAUCUAAGCAUUGCCUUAAAAUUGGCCGAAAAACCAGAGUUUGGAGAUUUUCUUGUCGAACAAUUGGUCAACAAAUGUCAUCACUGGGACAGAGAUAUACGAGAAAUAGCGGCCCAAUCAUUGGGCAGACUGUCGACUGUCAUUGAUAUGAACAAACAUUUUCCGCGUUUGCUAUCAAUGAGUACAUCAUUAGAUUUGAAUUCAAGACACGGAUCUAUAUUAUCCAUCGCUCACAUCAUUAGCCACUGUGUUAUCGCUGAUAAAAUUAAUGCCGAAUUUAUCGGCCAAAUGGAGUCAAUUGCUAUUACUUUGACGGAGAAGAAUCUGUUGCGAGGAAUUGGCGGCGAAUUCAUGAAACAAGCGCUCAGUGUCUUAAUUGAAAAAUGUUCGUCAGUUUUGCUACCGAUAAAUGGCGAUCAAAAGGUUUUCGACGUAUGGAUUGAUGUAUUACAGCACUCGAUUGACAGCGAAGAUGUUAAGACACGCAAAGAUGCCGUCACAGCUGUUCCCAUAUUCUGUCAAAACUAUUUGCUUAAUAGACCCGAAUUGUUGAAAAAAUUUUUGGAUUUAUUAACAAAUCACUUGAUGUCAGUCAAAGAGAGUGCAAGAAUUGGUGUAUCGGAAUGUUUGCGACUAAUGACUACCGAUGUUAUUGAUGUACAAUACUAUGACCAGUGUUUCGAUACAAUUGUUUCUCACAUCAAAUCCGAUGACUUUAUGUGCGGUUCGCGUGCCUCUGAAGUAUUGACUUUAGUUACAAUGUCACAGAAAUACUUACCAAUUAGUGAACAAAAGAAACUGCAAAUUGUUGAAUGUCUUUGUCGUGCAUUAGACGACCGAACUAAGGAUCAAAAGGGUGAUGUCGGAGGUAAUGUCCGGUUUGCAGCUAUCGAAGCGUCGCUUUUAUUUAUUAAUGAGAUGACAGACCAGCAAAUUAUUGAAAUCUUGAAGUUAUUGACUUCCCAGUGCUUGAGUCUCUGGAAAAAGGAGAGAAACUUAGCCACUAAUGCAUUCAAAGAGAUUGUUUUAAACAGAGAUAUCAAUCAAAUUGAUAGACAACUGAUUCAAACAUUUUUUGAGAGCUCUGGCGAUGAACGGGUAGAUGAAUGGAAACCGUUUGUACAGCUAUUAAAUGUCGACACAUUUACUUAUAGCGCGUGGAAAGGUUUGGUCAAAUGUGUGGCCAAUCCUAACGAACUUUACGUCCGAAAUGUUUUGAAACACGAAUUAAAGUCAUUGAAUGAAUCGGUAUUUAAAGUGUUUCUCGAUCUGUACGAAGAAAACCUAAGCGUCGACAACCUGUCGCUGUGUUGUAUAAAAUUAGCUCAUUUUUUGUUGACAUCGUAUCAGACAUCCGAUGAAUUACGGACCAAAUUGUUGACAAUUACUUGGAAUUGUGUCCGUCGGGUAAAAGACUGUCAGAAACUGGUGGCCGCUAUCGACGUAUUUUGUGCGGCUCUUCAAAACGACGAAUCGUUCAAACAGUCGAUGUCUUAUUUGGUGAUAUUUUUAUGUCACGCUUUUCCAAGAAUUCGUGUCCAAACAGCCAAUCAAUUGUACGUCGCUUUACUGAUCGUUGACGACAUUAGCGAAGAAGCCGUCAAUUUGUUGACCGAAACAGAUUGGAUGCAGUCUUUGGAUAAUUUGCGGUCUAUUAGGGAUCGUAUAUGUGAUGAACUGUCGAUUGCCAAACCUAGACGUCCUGUCAAUAAUGCAAAAUAA